AUGGUGUCUUACAGUCCGGCCGGUCAAGCCUAUAUUUUAUUGGAAUACAAAGGGCGCGCGGCUAAGACUGUGGCAGACGAGCCACGUCCUAUGGAUGAACGAAAAUCCAUUGUGGAAAAAAUAUUAAAAUUUGUGUUUUCUGUUGACACUAUAGACGAACAGACUUUAAAUUCCAUUCUGGAGGCCGAAGACAAGAUAUCGCAGCUGACGGACGAACAGACAGAGUCCACAUCUAUCACGUUUCCAAUGUCUCAAGUAGGAUUCACAGAAGGCAGCGAUGAAAACAUGUCAUCACGGUGGAUCCAAGCACUGGAAGAACACAGAUCUUUGAUCGGGGAUAUUGAUACGAUUACCCUUCAGAUGCGAAGGUCUCACGUUGCCCUUCUUCACAACAUCUUCGGGAGCACUCCUCUUAUCGAUAAACAUCUUCUCCAAACGUUAUUUGCCUGGGUAAUAACUUACGACCUGUAUGGGUUGUCUGGUUUCCUGGACUCAGCAAGACAACCUCACACUGUCCGGGUGUGGUGCUACGAAUCCGCUAAGAGGACCUUCCCGUCGGUGGCGACUCUCAAGGCUUUGCAUGAAAUCGUCAAUCAAUCCAGAGUGGACGCUGUCAGAGAAAUGGCUGAUUACAUUUUCAAAGAAAUUGCUGCAUCAUUUAAGACGUCCCAGUGGCUAGACAAUCCUACGAGGGAAGCAGUACUAAAAAAACUAUCACUGACGUCAAGAAUAAUCGGCUACCCGUUUAAUUUGUCGUCAGGAGAAGCGGUCGAUAGGUAUCUGGAGCCAAUGCAGGACUUGACGCCGGACAAUUACGCAAAAAACGUUGUGCUGACAAGACAAGGCAGAGCUCGAAUAUUCUGGAAACGUUUUCGACAGCAGGACGGUUACAUUAAUGCGAUAAACACUGUAUUGGACUUGAUAGGCGUUAAUCAAUUUGUGAAUGCCUUCAAUCUCGCUCAAUACAACGCAAUUGUCAUACCUGCACCCUUUAUGUACGCACCAUUCUUCAUAUUCCAUGGGCCUCCAGAAGUGAACUACGCGGGUCUUGGAACAACUAUUGGCCACGAAAUUAUGCACAACUAUGACAACGAACGUAUGUUUUCCGACAACAGCACCGAGGGAGUCACAAAGAAUAGCUUGGCUGCGUACAAGAAAUUAGUCGGAUGUCUCCAGUCGGUUAUCCACAAAGCACCCAGAGCCAGAACGUUCGAAGAACGUGAGAAGGAAUACCUCGCCGACGCAUUGGGAAUACAAUCAGUUGAGAGAGCAUGGAGAAAAGCAGCUGAAAGCACAAGCGUUACACUUGGAUAUGUUAGAGGCUUCACGAGAGACCAAUUGUUCUAUGUGUCCUAUGCCAUUAAAUGGUGUGGCAUUCCAAGCUUAAAUGUUUUCAAAACCCACCCCGACCUUGACGAAAGGUGCAACGUCCAACUGAUGAACUCUGACCACUUCAGUCGAGUCUUUAACUGCCCACCUGGGUCACCCAUGAAUCCGUCAGAGAAAUGUCGCUUUUGGUAG